ACUGACUGAAGAAGAAGACGAGCUGACAAAUCUCAAAUCGGUUGCGAAGCUGCCCGCAUCAUCUGCCAACCGAGCCAGGAACCGACGAGCAAAGCCCGAGAAAAAAAUGGCGUUCACAUUCGCGGCCUUUUGUUACAUGCUCGCUCUGCUGCUCACGGCGGCGCUUAUCUUCUUCGCUAUCUGGCAUAUAAUAGCAUUUGAUGAGCUGAAGACUGAUUACAAGAAUCCUAUAGAUCAGUGUAACACUUUAAAUCCGACAGUUGAAAAGGUCAAAAAGAUUAAAAGAGUCAAAAUUGCAAUAAAGCUGGUUCUCCCAGAAUAUCUCAUCCAUUUCUUCUUCUGUGUGAUGUUCUUCUGUGCGGCCGAGUGGCUCACCCUCUGUCUCAACUUGCCGCUGCUGGCUUAUCAUGUCUGGAGGUAUAUGAGCAGACCCGUGAUGAGCUGUCCAGGACUCUACGACCCGACAACCAUCAUGAACGCUGACAUCCUGGCGUUCUGUCAAAAAGAAGGCUGGUGCAAACUGGCUUUCUACCUCCUGUCCUUCUUCUACUAUCUCUAUGGGAUGAUUUAUGUUCUGGUGAGCUCUUAGACGGGACGAUGAAGGAAAAGUACCUGCAUGUACAGUAGACGACCAGACACUAUGAUGUUAGUGCUGGAGCACUGGACCUGCUGGAGACCACCGCUCAGCAACAAGACGCCAGUUCAAGCAGACAAACUCUCAACCCACACACGCGAGUGUCAUUUUGGAAACAUUUAACCCGUUUUAAGAGAAUAUCUCGGUCGCAGCGUUCCUCUCACAGCACUAUAGUUUAAAUUUGAUAGAAAACGAGGACAAACCUAAAUGGACGUCUGUUUUUUUUUUUUUUUUUCCCCCGUUUUAUUUCUAAUGGUGUGAUUCUGAUGUUGGAUUUAAAUAGUUCAUCUUGGCUCCCAACUUUUGAGUGAGAGUCUGAGCUGUGCUGCUGAACUUCAUUAGCUUCUCCUGUGAAUUAGACUCUGGGCUUUAACAGCUCAUGUAUCACUGCAGCGUGAUUCAUUAUCACUAAAACAAAUAGUUAAAUGCAAACUUCACUUCUGUUAUUGCUCACUGAUGCAUACGGUGGUAAAAACAACGUUUUGGGGACUUUACUGUUUUGUACAGUACGGGCUGGAGUGCGUUGCACAGGAACAAUCACAACCUGGUUGUCACGUCAGUUUCAGAACCAUCUGAUGUAUUCCUUCCAUACUUAUCCAUCGCAGCAUUUACAUGAUGUAAUCCCUGUUGAACUCAAUGGCAAUAUUUAAGUGUGAAUCCAGAGUAGCCAGCAACGUGUGACCUGUGUUUCUGUAGAACCGCCCUCGCAGCUUUCAAUAAACUAGAAGGUAGACUCAACAGUACAAUAAUAUAUAUAUAUUGGAGUGUUAGGAAGCAACAGUACUUAUUCUCCUUCUGGACUUUGGUGGGACACUGCGAGUAUGCCAUACUGUUGAAUGUACCUUUUGAAAUCUUUUAACACUGUCACUUGUGCAUUUUCUUCAUCUCACCACCAAAUAUUCCACAGCAUUAGGAAGUCCAGUGUUUAUUUAUUCAAUGUUUUUGAAUUUUACUUUUUGUUUCCAAGAUAUCAAAGCACUCCACGCAGCGUCACGUCAUCUCCGGUCAACAAAUCUGGAAAGUUUUUUUUUUUUUGUUUUUUUUUUUUUUUUAACUUCUCCGAAUCAAAAGGCCAUUAGACGAACAUUUUCAUAAAUACUAAGUAUUUAUUGCCAUUUUCAAAUGUGUACAUUUAUCAGGGAAAGCUAUGGUCAUUUGUCACAUAAGAUUUGUAUGCAUUAGAUCCCAUCAUGUCACAACUUGAGUUUAUUUGAAUCUAAAUAAAACUAUCCAACUCUAUUA